CUCUCUCUCUCUCUCCCCGGCUCCCGAUCGCGCCUCCUCCUUUUACCCACUCUCGACCCUCUCCACCCCAAACCCGUCUCUCCCCCUCUCCAAUCUCAUCGUCCCCAAACCCUAUCCCUCCCCAUUGAAUCUCUUCUCCUCCUCUCCCCCCUCGCAUAUCGCCAUCGCCUCCCUCUCCUCUGAAAUAUCGCCUCCAAUCGGGGCAUCGAUUGAUCAGGUAACGCGAGGAGGAGGAGAUUUUUGAGUGCAAAGACCACUCCUUUGCUUCGUCGGGCUGUUCUCUUCUAUUGAUCUCUGAUGUGCUAGUGCUUGUUUGUGGUGUUGGGGAAAAGCCCGAUUUGAAUUAGCUUUGCGAGGCGAAGAAGACGCUGGUGAUCGAGGAUUUUCGGGUUUCGCCGCCGCAAUCCGGCGAGGUCGGGAUCGAGAACCCUGUGAACAGUAAGUUUGCUAUAGGCACCUUGAAAUGCAUCGUGUUGGCAGUGCUGGUAAUACAUCCGGCUCUACGCGUGCUCGGAAGGAGAAGCGUCUAACGUAUGUGCUGAAUGAUGCAGAUGACACAAAGCAUCGUGCAGGAAUUAACUGCCUAGCAUAUUUAAAGAAUUCUGCUCCUGAUAACUAUGAUUAUCUUUUUACUGGAAGUCGAGAUGGGACUUUGAAAAGAUGGGCUCUGAGAGAUGGUGAAGCAAGUUUCUCAGCAACAUUUGAAUCACAUGUUGAUUGGGUUAAUGAUGCUAUUCUUGCUGGUAACACUCUCGUUUCUUGUUCUUCAGACACCACUCUUAAGACAUGGAAUUGCCUGUCUGAUGGUGUGUGUACCAGGACUCUCCGUCAACAUUCCGACUAUGUUAUAUGUCUUGCUGCGGCGGAAAAGAAUAGCAAUAUUGUUGCCUCUGGGGGCCUUGGUGGCGAGGUCUUUAUAUGGGAUAUUGAUGCAGCCCUUCUCCCAAUUGCUAAGACUGCUGAUUCAACAGAAGAUGAUGUUUCAAAUGGCAAUACUAUGCAACCUAUGACAAGUUUACGAUGUGGCGGUACUAAUAAUAACAUAUCUGCAAACAACAGUCAGUCACGUGGGUAUAGUCCAAUUGCUGCCAAAGGCCAUAAGGAAUCGGUGUAUGCCCUAGCAAUGAAUGAUAGUGGAACCCUUCUUGUUUCUGGCGGAACUGAGAAGGUUGUUCGUGUUUGGGAUCCAAGGACUGGUUCAAAGAACAUGAAACUAAGAGGGCAUACCGACAAUAUUAGGGCCUUGCUCCUUGAUUCCACUGGCAGGUACUGCUUAUCAGGUUCAUCUGAUUCAAUGAUCCGCUUAUGGGAUCUUGGUCAGCAGCGUUGUGUUCACUCCUAUGCCGUCCACACCGAUUCAGUCUGGGCACUUGCUAGUACUCCCUCAUUCACACAUGUUUAUAGUGGUGGGAGGGACCUUUCUGUGUACCUUACUGAUUUAUCAACAAGGGAGAGCGUCUUGCUAUGCACAAAAGAACACCCAAUUUUGCAGUUGGCAUUACAAGAUGAUAUGAUAUGGGUUGCAACAACAGAUUCUGCUUUGUCUGCGUGGCCAGCUGAAGGACGAAGCCCUCAGAAGGUUUUCCAAAGAGGUGGCUCAUUCUUAGCCGGGAAUUUGUCCUUUUCAAGGGCAAGGGCUUCAUUGGAAGGAUCAGCACCUGUUCCUGUAUAUAAAGAACCAUCUAUCACUAUUCCAGGGAUUCCAGGAAUCAUACAGCAUGAGAUAUUGAAUAAUAGAAGGCAUGUCCUGACAAAGGACACUGCAGGCUCAGUUAAGCUGUGGGACGUUACUAGGGGUAUCGUAACUGAGGACUACGGCAAGAUAUCAUUUGAAGAAAAGAAGGAAGAGUUGUUUGAAAUGGUGAGCAUACCUGCAUGGUUUACUAUGGACACUCGACUUGGAUGCUUGUCUGUCCAUUUGGAUACACCUCAAUGCUUUUCUGCCGAAAUGUAUGCAAUCGACUUGAAUAUACUAGGGACCCCAGAAGAUCUUAAGAUAAAUUUGGCUCAAGAGACUCUUCGUGGCUUAUUUUCGUACUGGCUUGCUAAAAGAAGGCAGAAACCGGGAUCGCAAGCUUCAUCCAAUGGCGACAGUUCAAUUGGAAAAGAGGCAUCUGUUAAAAAUGCUCCGCAUUCAAGACUCGAGGUUGACGAUGGUUCUGAAAACCACAUGAAUGUGAUGCUUCCUGCAUUUGAAUUUUCAACCGUGUCACCUCCAUCGAUAAUUACAGAGGGUUCUCAGGGGGGUCCUUGGAGGAAGAAAAUCACUGAUUUAGAUGGGAUGGAAGAUGAGAAGGAUCUUCCAUGGUGGUGUAUUGAUUGCGUGUUGAAUGGCCGAUUACCUCCGAGAGAGAAUACCAAGUGUAGCUUUUAUUUGCAUCCGUUUGAAGGUUCAUCUUUGCCAAAUGUUACCCAAGGGAAACUGAGUGCUCCACGGAUAUUGCGGAUUCACAAAGUAUGUGCAUGUCAAGGGAAACGUACCUUCGAAAGUACGGAGGCUUCCGUGCUUGUGAUUAACUAUGUGGUUGAGAAAUUGGUCCUUGAUAAACCAGUUGAUGCUGGAAGUUCUGACGGAACAUUCGGGUCAGGACUUAGUACUGGGCAAUCACAGCUUCCACCUAUAGGCGAUGGCUCUCUAAGAUCAGGAUUAAAGUCAUGGCCAAAACUAAAGCCGAAUUUAGAGAUCUUAUGCAAUAAUCAGGUGCUAUCACCUGAAAUGAGUCUCGCAACAGUCCGUACUUACAUAUGGAAGAAACCGGAAGAUGUGAUUCUCCACUACAGACUGGUGCAGAGUAGAUGAUGAUAGAAAGAUUGUCCACCAUAGACUGGUGCAGAGUAGAUGAUGAUAGAAAGAAUAUUUAAUAAUGUUAAAUCACCAGCUUUCCGUAUAUGCAUCACGAGAUAUUUAAGGGAAUUGUGCCUUCAUAGUUUUAAAGACAUUAUUUCUUUGCCACCUAACUUGAUCGAAUAACUGAAACUCAGAGGUUGGAGUCAUUUGCUUUAUUGUAUAGUUGGCGCAAGGGCCAGGAACUUCGAGCGAGCAAUUCACAAGCCAUGUAUCAUAGCAAAUGUAGUGAUAUAUGCUUGCUUUUUACAUGCUACCAGGUUAUUACACUGUAUAUUUCGGAACUCUGUUAUUUAAUGAAAUCUUUUUCCUUGCGGAUUUCAUUUA